UCCAACCGAUAUAGAGUUUGCCAUUAUUCAAAUUCCUCCAGUAGGCAUUGCUGUUGAGAACAGUCCUACUCCUACUCAUUCAGACAAGUCGACAGAGGAUUCGGAUGACUUUUCUCCUACACCUGAUCUUCAGUGUAAGAAGAAACAUGCUGCAGGUGUUGAUCCAUCUUCAUCAGCGCCCCAUAAAAUGUGCAAAGAACAGAUUAUUCACCCCUCAAAUACAGAGACUCAAUCCAAGAUUCAUCUUGUUGGUGUAUCUGAAAUUGCAUAAAAUGUUGAACAUCACAAUCAACCAGUAGAUUCCAAAAAUGAUGAAGUAUCUUCUUUGAGGAAAGACCUAAAUUCAUUCAAAGAAUAUGUGAGUUUUUUAUCCACAUAUUAAACACUACAGUUUAGUGCUUAACAUUCGUAUAUUGUUGGCGCACUUUCCUAAUUAUUUACUUCUUGCUAAUGUUGUGGGCGAGUUCAAGUCUCUGAGAUCAUUGAUAAAUGAUAACUUUAAGAUGCUUUCUGGCCAUCUUCAAGAUAAUCAGCAAAAAGAAAGUUUACACCAGAGAAAGGAAGCCGCAGGGAGACGUGAUGAUGGUAUUGAAAUGUCAUAUGAUGCCAACGUACAAGAUAUUCCAAAAGGUCACAAACAGACUGAUACAGCUGUCGGCAAUAAUGUUGAGAAUACAAUGGGUAAUGCUCUUUGUGUGGAGUCAAGAGUGGAGGGGAAUACUCCAUUGGAGGUGCCGUGCAACAUACCACCUAUAGGCCAAGAGGGUGUAUCUACAGAUUACUAUGUAUCGCAAUUUGAGCUGGACAACAAGUUUCUUGCAAGUCAAAUUUUAGAAACUAGAAUUGUGAUACACAAUAGUGCAAAAAAUGUUGAAUCAACCCCAUUACCAUCUCAUAGGAAUUGGCGACCAAGUAGAUGGUAUUCUUCACCUUACGAGUCUAACUUCGACUCCGCAGGUACCUCAGUAAAGUUGACCCCCAUAUUUGAAAAAAGACAUCCCUUUGAGGAUGAUUCAAUAACGGGGCCACAUCCUACAUUGAUCAUUCAGGAAUACGAGAAAUGAGUUCGUGAUGGUCUUCUCACUAGACAUGAACAGAAGUGAUUUUGUUCCCCGCAUAUUGACAUCAUAUUCUACUAUUUGAGAAAGAAAGGAAAGUACAACCAAACAACCAACUUCAAGUAUACAACUGUUGAUUGUAUAUUCAAGACAAGAAUCGCAGAAAUCUUUGACAGGUAUGCUGAUACAGAUAGUAAUGCAAACGUAGCCAAAGAAGAGGAUGUGGUAUGUGAGUACAUAAAGGGCUAUAGAUUGCUAGCUAAUGUACCUUGACAUACUGUUGAUAAUGUCUUGAUACCAGUCAACUUGAAGGACAAACUACACUGGAUAUUGGUUGCGGUCUCAUUCAAGGAGAGAUGUAUCAAAGUGUAUGACUCGUACAGAUCUGCAUGUCAUGAUGCCUAUGUAGCUUCUGAGAUAUAUAAGCUUGCUAAGCUUGUACCUCUGUAUCUAUCAAUUAGUGGCUUUUACAGAUAUAGUCAAGGCAUAGAUUGGUCUACUUACUCAACAUACACUGACAAGUCACGUACUGAUCCCUUUGAAGUUGUUUUCAUAUCAAAUCUGCCUCAACAAAAAGCUGGGAGCAUGGAUUGUGGGGUGCAUGUUGCGACAUACGCAUAGUUUCUGAGCACUCUUGGUGAGGUUCCAUAAACAAAAUUUGAUUCCAAUCUACUCCGUCAAAGAUAUGGUGCUCUCCUCUGGGACUAUGCUAUGCGGAAGAUAGAAGCUGAUGCCACAAGCGAGAAUGAAGCACCCACAAAUAUUGCUAG